AUGAUUGACACAAGCGCUCACUCUAUCAAUACGUUUGCAUUCAAUACAAACACUACAGACAGAGACAGACACUACAGACACGCCUCUGAGGCUCACAUACUGAUACACCACAAUAGAGACCCCUAUUGUACACUAUUAGUGUUAAUCAUAACGUGUGAAGUAAUGGUUGGAUCGAGAGAUAGGGAGAGGACUCGAGACAGGGAAAGACAUGUGAGAGAGCGUGAAGAGAGCCGACACGGGAAUGGGUCGAGCCGUACAUCUGGUCAGUCACACAGCCGUCACAGUCGACGGUCGCCCAACAGUUCCGACAGUUAUUAUAGAACUGAUAACACAGACGACAAUACCUAUGAUAAUAGUAGAAGACAUCGAACUCAAGAGUACGACAGAUAUGACUCCGACAGAAGUCGUAGUUAUCGGAAACGAAGAGAUCGGAGCCGAAGCAGAGACAGCAAAGAUCGAGACCGCGAUCGCGAGUCCGCCUCCACUGCGGGCCCAGACUUUCAAUCCAAUCGAUACUAUAAUGAAGACAACAAUACCUCUAAUUAUGAUUACAAUGACUACAAUGAGUACAACGAUAGAGACAGAGAUCGAAGUCAUUCGCAAAGAGAUAAACGCGAAGAAAUCCCUAACAAUACUAUUAUGGUUAGGGGUUUGGCACCACAUAUAACAGAGAAAGAUAUCCGUAUUGUCACCGAUUUUAUACUUCACGCCCCGCCGGGAGAGUUCAGGGAAGUGGUCAAUGACGUACGCCUACUCUUGAACAACGACCAACUGCUCAAAGAACAGGCCUCGGGUGUUUUCUCGCAAUACAGCAAAGACCAGUUGACACCCGUCUCACUCGACUCUUCCCAAACUCAGACAUUGAUUACUGAAUUCAAUGAUUUGGGAUCCAAUCGUUUUUGCGAUCCCCGAAGCGGACAAUCAUUCAAAUACGACCACUUGAAGGAAGAGGCCUCUGAGUACCACGGACAAUCAUUCAAAUACGACCACUUGAAGGAAGAGGCCUCUGAGUACCAGUCGUGGACACCCGACCCAACCAGUGAGCCCUGGAGGUCAGCCUUGGAAGAGGUUUGGAGCAAGUAUUGCGCCGAUCACUACCACAAUGGCAUUAGCGCUGUGUUUGGAUUCAGUCAAAGCGGACAAAUCAGUUUAACCGCUUGUAUUGAAGACCAUCAGUUCCAGCCUAAGAACUACUGGAACGGUCGGUGGCGUUCGGUGUGGAGCCUGACCUUCAGUGGUUCGGGUAAAGCGGAGUUGAAGGGGACGAUCAAAGUGCAGGUCCACUACUAUGAAGACGGGAACGUACAGCUCAGCGAAAGACAUGGCAUUAGCGCUGUGUUUGGAUUCAGUCAAAGCGGACAAAUCAGUUUAACCGCUUGUAUUGAAGACCAUCAGUUCCAGCCUAAGAACUACUGGAACGGUCGGUGGCGUUCGGUGUGGAGCCUGAGCUUCAGUGGUUCGGGUAAAGCGGAGUUGAAGGGGACGAUCAAAGUGCAGGUCCACUACUAUGAAGACGGAAACGUACAGCUCAGCGAAAGACAAGUCGCCGAAGAGAUAAGAAAUUUAGUGGAAGAGGCGGAGAGGGAGUACCAGACGGCCAUCUCAGACAACUACCAGACAAUGUCUGACACGACAUUCAAAGCGCUGCGAAGACCACUUCCGCACUAUAUCUCUGGAACCGCUCAUCAGAUGCCGUCUGAUUGCACUGUAGGGCAAGAAGUGUUGGGAAUCCUUCUCCAAAGUAGUGGACACUUCACCGCCGGAACUGUCGACCAGUACUUGAGUGUCUCUCACAGCCUUCACGAAGACAUAGGCGUGUAUCAAAGAGCGGGCGUUCACUUCAAUCUUGUCGAGUCGGCUCCGGAAGUACUGGUGUGUGGCGUAACUCAUUCUCUCCAACUCUGUCGUGUGCUGUUCGACACACAACUGAUCCAAUUUCGAGGACAAUCGCCGCAGAUUGUCAGACAUGUGUUGGAUCUGUUCCACAAUGCAGUCGAUCACCGACUCUUCGUAUGGCAACACUUCUGGACUCUCCAUCUGAUUGUUGAUGAGUUCAAUGAGACGAAUGUAAACCUCUUUCGGUGUCUCGUUGUGAACGCCUGUGAUUACUCGAGUAUUACAUGUGAUUUGAUUGGACGAAGACAGCGAAGACAAUCAGAAGACAAUGGCAUCACUAUAUCGACUGAGAGUGGCUUUAAAUGCAUUGAAUUGUCUUCAAAUGAAAACAUUUUACACACAAUUCGUGUGAAAGAAGAGAUCGAAAGGAGGAGACAAUCGAGUCUUUUAGGCGGAGGCGUCGACCGAAUCGAUGCCCAACACAAGAAGGGCAAAUUGACGGCCAGAGAAAGAAUCGACUUAUUAUUAGAUCCCAAGAGUUUCAUUGAAUACGAUAUGUUUGUUGAGCACAAGUGCACUGACUUCGGGAUGGAGGACAUGAAGUAUUCGGGGGACAGUGUAGUGACCGGACACGGACUCAUUGAUGGCCGCAAAGUGUUUGUCUUCAGUCAGGACUUUACUGUAUUCGGUGGCAGUUUGUCCAGCGCUCACGCCAUGAAGAUUUGCAAAUGCCAUGGUCAUUGUGCCAAAGCUAUUUCGGGUGUGAACGUCUUCGGGAGAGGAUUACUCCUAAACCACAAGACAGACAGACAAAUGAAUGGCAGUAUCAUGGAUCAAGCCGUUCAAGUGGGCGCCCCUGUCAUCGGAAUCAAUGAUUCAGGUCUUAAUGCAAACACUGGAGGCGCACGUAUUCAGGAAGGGGUUGACUCUCUGGCCGGUUAUGCGGAUAUAUUCUUACGCAAUGUUCAGUCAUCAGGAGUUGUGCCGCAAAUAUCGGUGAUAAUGGGUCCGUGCGCUGGAGGCGCUGUCUAUUCACCAGCUCUGACCGACUUUGUGUUUAUGGUUAGAGACACGUCCUAUCUGUUCAUCACUGGUCCCGAUGUCGUCAAAGCCGUAACCAACGAAGACGUUACUCAAGAAGAAUUGGGAGGCGCUAAGACUCACACAUCGGUGUCAGGUGUGGCGCACAGAGCUUUCGACAACGACGUCGAUAUGAUUUUACAGAUCAGAAAGUUCUAUAGCUUUCUUCCCCUCUCAAGCGAAUACCCGUCUCCUAUUAGGAAAUCACACGACAAAUGGGAUAGAAUUGUUGAGAGUUUGGAUACAGUGGUGCCGUUGGAAUCUACCUCUGCUUACAAUAUGUUGGAUAUUGUGUUAGCUAUUGUCGACGAGAAUGACUUCUUCGAGAUAAUGCCCGACUAUUCAAAGAAUCUCUUAAUAGGUUUCGCCCGAAUGAAUGGCGAAACUGUUGGAAUCGUUGGCAAUAAUCCCAAAUACGCGGCCGGAUGUCUUGAUAUGAAUUCAUCGGUAAAAGGGGCGCGUUUUGUGCGCUUUUGCGAUGCUUUCAAUAUCCCAAUCAUUACAUUCGUUGACGUUCCCGGUACAAAUCAAGAAUAUGCUGGAAUCAUUAGACACGGGGCCAAACUGUUGUACGCGUUCGCUGAGGCAAAUGUACCCAAAAUAACAGUAAUCACUCGCAAAGCCUAUGGCGGCGCUUACGAUGUGAUGAGCUCUAAACACCUGAAGGCGGACGUCAACUACGCCUGGCCUACGGCUGAGAUCGCAGUGAUGGGCGCGAAGGGCGCCGUCUCUAUACUCUAUAGGGGAAAGGCUGACACUGAACUCUAUGAACGACAAUACAUCGACAAGUUUGGCAAUCCAUUCCCCGCCGCCAUCAGAGGUUUUGUGGACGAUAUCAUUGACCCGAGGACUACAAGAAUGAGAAUUUGUCACGAUUUGAAUCUCUUGAGAAACAAAAAGGUCUCAAAACCGUACAAAAAACACGGAAAUAUUCCCCUUUAAUGGCCGCUAAUGUUUGGCCAAAUAGUUGUUAUUUUGUUAUAUUAAUCACGAUUUACUGCCAUUUGUUAUGAAAUAAUGAAUAAAUGAAUUUAUUAAUGGG